AUGGAUGUUAGAGAAAUUAUAAAAGAGUUUAACUCUAUUAUUAUUGAAGCUAAAGUUGAAGAAAGAGAAGGGUUAAGAAAAUGUUUAGCUGUCUAUGAUUUGUUUAUCAACUUUGUUUUUAGACAAGCACAUAUACUCAUUCCAAAGGCAUUAAACUUGGAAUUAAAGAUAGAAACACUAAAGAAACAAAUUGAAUUGAUUGAUUAUCAACUAUACUAUACAGAGGAUUGGUCAAAGCUCGACUAUGGACUUGAAGCAAUAGAAAACAGUGGAAACCAAGAAGAUAAAAGUUUAUUGACUGUUGAAGAGACACUUCAGUCUGAUGGCAAUGGAGAUUCUGUUGAAGAUAUUCAAUUCUUUAUUGAAAAGUUAAAUACAUUGGAUAUUGAUGCUGGUAUAGACCUACUAUCAAAAGAUGAUUAUCAAAUGAUUAGAAAUAUGUGUGGUCAUGCUCAAAGGAGUGAAAAUCAAGAAUAUAUAUAUCAAGUUGUUUAUUUUAUUAAUGGAAUUGGUAAUCAGGUCCCUGGAGUAUGGAAUAUUCUAGUACCAGAACUUAAAUGGAUUAUACCAACUUGUUUUAUUCAAGAGGAUGAAACUCGAUCCACUCAAUAUCUUCAAUUAAUGACUGCCAUCUUUAGUCAAACUGGUCCUCUUCCAGAAGAAGAACUAUCUAAAUUGGAUGACUCCUUUUUAGAAUCCCUUUUGAACCUUGGUUUCACUUAUUCCGAAUACUAUGAUAGUAAAUGGUUAAAUUAUUUUUAUCCUGCUAUGUUGGCAUUUAAUAUUCAAGUAAAAGGAGAUACUUAUUCACCAUUAGUAUUGAAAUUAUAUUCAACCAGAAGAGCACCAGAAUUGGGACCUGGAUUAAUUACACUUUUAAAUAGAGGCAAAUUUGAAUUUGGAUUAUUAACCGAAUGUUUAACAUUGAUCAAUGAUAUAUUUUGUUAUAGUACAGAAUUUCAAGAAUCAUGUUUCUUUUAUACAUCAGAUAUCGAUGUUGUAAUUGAUAUUGUCGUUCAAAAUAUACAUAAUCUCGAUGAAUGUGACCCAUUGAGAUGGCCAUACCUAGACCUCCUAAGGACGAUUGUGGAACAUGAUGAAUUCCAAAAGAGUAGACAUCAUUUUGAUGACAUUGUACAAGUUUUAGAAGAUCAAUCAAAUGAUCGUGUUGCCGAAAAAGACCCUAGAUCUGCCACUAUUUCCAAAUCAAUUUUAAAGAUUUUAAAUAAAAUGGUCUAA